GUUGCCACACAGGGACGCUACGGCAGCUCCGAUUGGCUGACAGCUUACCUGUUGAUGUUCAGCGACACAGGACACAACUGGAGACAACACCGGCAGGAAGACAGCUUAGGGGUAACUCUACUGGCUUUUCCAGGUAACAGUAAUGCAGACACUGUGGUCCAAUACAAACUUAAACAGGCGGUGAUUGCUCGCUACCUCCGCCUGAUUCCUCUAGACUGGAACCCCACUGGGAGGAUUGGACUCAGACUGGAGAUAUAUGGAUGUCGAUAUACUUCUGACGUGGCCAACUUUGAUGGCAGCAGCAACCUGGUCUACAGGCUGAGUGUGAGGCCGAGCUGGGCAGCGAUGGAGGUCAUCUCUCUGAAGUUUAAAACCCUGACGAAUUCUGGGACACUGCUCCAUGCGGAGGGACAGAGAGAUCACAGCCUCACUCUGGUCUUGGAGAAAGGAAGGCUGCUGCUUUACCAUCAACAAGGUGUGAGUUCAUCCUCUAGCGGUCAGCUUCUUGUUUCUCUGGGAAGUCUGCUUGAUGAUCAGCACUGGCACCAUGUAAAGCUGGAGCGGCUCAGCACUCACCUCAAUCUCACCGUGGAUAAAAACACUCACCAGGUUCACAUACCGGCUGAGCUCAGCCACUGGGACAUUCACCAGCUAAGUCUGGGAGCAGCCCAGAGCCAUGGACUGCAGAAACCCAUUCUGUCCAACAGGAACUUCCAUGGCUGCCUGGAAAACCUACUGUACAACGACCUCAACCUGAUAGACCUGGCUAAAAAGAAGAACCACCAGGUCUCUGUAGUGGGCAAUGUGACCUUUUCUUGUGCUGAACCAGUUUCAGUCGCUGUGACGUUCAUUGACUCCCAGAGCUUCCUACAGUUGCCAGGACUAACAUCGUGGUCGUUAGGGGUUGUCUCUGUAGCUCUGCAGUUCCGGACAUGGAACAAGGCAGGGCUUCUCUUGACCUUUGACCUCCCGGAGCAGGAGGGCACAGUCUGGCUGUACCUAAGUGAGGCCAGACUCCGCCUGCAGAUCAAUAAAGCUGACAGGGCCCAGCUGGAGCUCAGUGCAGGCUCAGGUCUGAGUGAUGGUCAGUGGCAUUCUGUGGAGCUGAACUCCAGACAAGAUCAUCUGAGCAUCACAGUGGACAGAGAUGAAGGAGCCACUGCUCACACCAGCAUCCCACUUCCUCUAACCACAGACAGUCAACUCUUCUUUGGUGGUUGUCCUGUUCAGGAGAGCAGUCACAGUCAGGAGUGUAGGAACCCCUUCAAAGUUUUCCAGGGCUGUAUGCGUCUCUUGACUCUGGAUAACCAACUUGUUGACCUGAUCAAGGUGCAGCAAAGGUUGCUGGGAAACUACAGCCACUUGCAGAUUGACAUGUGUGGCAUCAUCGACAGGUGCUCCCCCAGUCAUUGUGAACACGGAGGUAGAUGUACUCAGUCAUGGACUACCUUCCACUGUAACUGCUCCAACAGCGGCUACAGAGGAGCCACCUGCCACAGCUCGACAUACAAACAGUCAUGUGAGGCGUACAAACACAAAGGCAACACAUCAGGACAUUAUUACAUAGACGUAGACGGCAGUGGACCAAUCAAACCCCAGCUCAUCUACUGUAACAUGACAGAGGACAAGGUAUGGAUGGUGAUCCAGCAUAAUAACACAGAACUGACCAGAGUUCAUUCAUCCCCUGAGAGAAACCAACAUUUAACUCACUUUGAAUACGCUUCUGAAGAGGAGCAGUUAGCAGCCAUCAUCAGCCAAUCCGAGCACUGUGAGCAGGAACUGUCCUACCACUGCAGGAAGUCCCGGCUCCUCAACACACCGGAGGGUGCUCCAUUCAGCUGGUGGUUGGGAGGUCCGGGUCUGGGUCAGGUCCAGGCAUACUGGGGUGGGGCUAUGCCGGGCAGCCGGCAGUGUGCCUGUGGUCUGCAGGACAACUGUUUGGAUUCACAUCACUACUGCAACUGCGAUGCUGACUACGACCAAUGGGCUGAUGAUUCAGGCCUGCUCAUCCAUAAGGAGACCCUCCCAGUCAGGUCUCUGGUGCUGGGUGACAUCCAGCGGCCGGGGUCAGAGGCUGCCUACAGGGUGGGACCUCUCCGUUGUCAUGGAGAUAAAAACUUCUGGAACGCUGCAUUUUUUGACAAGGAGACAUCUUACCUUCACUUUCCAACCUUCCACGGCGAGCUGAAUGCAGACAUUUCCUUCCUGUUUAAAACAACAUCCUCCUCUGGGGUCUUCAUGGAAAAUCUAGGCAUUAAGGACUUCAUCCGGAUCGAACUCAGCUCCUCCUCAGAGGUUGUCUUCUCUUUUGACGUGGGAAACGGGCCGCUGGAGGUGCGAGUGGAGACGAGCAUCCCGCUGAAUGACAACCGGUGGCACAGCGUGCAAGCCGAGAGAAAUGUGAAGGAAGCAUCACUACGUGUCGACGAGUUUCCUGCCGCCACGCAGGAGGCCCCUGCAGAUGGACACAUUCAUCUGCAGCUCAACAGCCAGUUAUUCAUAGGAGGCACUGCAUCCAGACAGAAAGGCUUCCUGGGCUGCAUCCGUUCUCUGCAGCUGAAUGGCGUAACUCUGGACCUGGAGGAAAGGGCAAAGAUCACCCCAGGGGUCCGACCUGGAUGCCCAGGACACUGCAGCAGCUACAGCUCGCUGUGCCAGAACCAGGGUCGCUGUGUGGAGAGAACCAGUGGUUUCUCCUGCGACUGUGGCCAGUCAGCCUACACUGGAUCCUUCUGUCAUAAAGAGGUUUCAGCCAGCUUUAAGUCGACCACGUCUAUCGCCUACAUCCUGAAGGAGCCCUAUGAACUGAGCAGGAACAGCAGUGCCUCGCCUUCCGCCAUCUACUCUGAUAUGACACUGAGAGGUGAAAAUAUCUCCUUGAGCUUCAGGACGAACCAGAGUCCUGCGCUGCUGCUCUAUGUAAACUCUUUCUACAGGGAGUACCUGGCCCUGCUUAUCAACAAACAUGAUGAGCUGGAAGUGAGGUACAAGCUGUAUAGCAGCAGAGAUGUGGAGGUGCUGGGGAGCAGAAUCACGAACUUGGCUGAUGGACGUCUGCACACAGUGACCAUCAGGAGACUGGCUGACACUGUCACUGUUCAGAUUGACCAGAAUGCCAGAGAGGACUUCAACUUGACAUCUGAUGUGGAAUUAAAAAGCAUCAAAUCACUCAUUCUGGGCAGAGUGCAGGAGUCUGAUGAUUUGGAUGUAGAGCUGGCCGGGCUGGCCUCUCUUGGGUUCACUGGCUGUCUGUCAGGUGUUCGUUUUAACUCCAUCAGUCCUCUGAAAGCUGCUCUGCUGCACCCCGACAGCCCUGUUAUUGUCACCGGCCCAUUGGCCCAGUCGAGCUGUGGUUCCUCCUCUCCAGCUAAUCCCUACGCUGCAGAAACUACACACUCCUUAUCAGACCAACCUGGAUCAGUAGAUCCAGGUCAACCUUUAGUCAAUGCCAUCAGGAGUGACUCAGCUCUAAUCGGAGGGUUGAUCGCUGUGGUGAUUUUCAUCGCUGUGUCUGCCUUGGCGAUAAUGGCCAGAUUCAUUUGCAGCAGGAAAGAGACGUAUCGAAACCAAGAAGUCAAAGCAACGCAGCCUGAAGAUGGCCAUGAGUUCCCCUUCAGCAGCCAGGCGGACUCCCAGAGUGCUCCCACUGAAAACCAAAAGGAGUAUUUCAUUUAGCAGGAUCCCUGACGUCCCACUGACCUUACAGGACAGAGCGGGAUGAUUUAACAAGCGCUCAGGGCUUUACUUGGCACACAGAGCCCUUCAGCCCAGGUACCAGUGGAUCAACAAGAUGUGAAGUCAAACAGAACAAUUCAUGAUUUUCUGCAUUUCCUUUUUGCUGUAAUUUUGAUGUAAAUAUUUAAAAAUGUAAAUGGUAAUUUGUGUGCUUCUAAUAAUAUUUCUCUGCCAUAUUGAAAUGUUUAAAAUAAUUUAUUAAAAGGAAACAUGCAGAAUAGAUGUGAUGAUCAAAACAACUAUGUUCCAGUUAAACUAGACUUUUCGACUUUGUGUUAAUUUAUAAAAAGCACUUUUUCUACGAGGACAAUGACCCUUCUGUGAAAUUUGAGAUGUCAGAGCCAUAAACUAUGUGUCAAAAUAUGAGAAGACGAAUUCAACUGAUCGGAGGAUUGACGUGUACUUCAUAUCUACACAUAAGAGUUCAGCCAAAGCACAGUCUUAAAAUCAACUAAAAUUAAUCUGUUAUAACUUUCAACACUUGCUGUAUAUAUAAAUACAAAAUUAAAGUCACUCUAAAAGCGUAACUUCCACACUGUGUGUUUGAGUUAGUGAGAAAGCUUUUAUGUUACUUGCUGUGCUUUUUCUUUUUAUCAUGAGGAAAAUAAAAGCUUUACAAUGAGA